AUGUCGACAUACAACGGGCGACACGGCCCCAACGUGUCGCAAUAUCUUCGCGAUCUCAACACCAUCAGCCCGCAGGACACUACCGGCGCCGCUGCUGCCGAGGAUGGCUUCAACAUGGAGGAUGAUCUCGCUCUCUUCACCAACACGCAGUUCUUUGAUUUCGACUCUGGCCAAAACACCGACUUCCAGGCUCAGCCCGGCAAGGUGGAAGUCGAACAUGCUGCACAUCACAACGCCAGCCCUUCCGACGACCUUGGAGCCACUCAAAGCAAUGUUGGCGACAUGCCCAGCUUAGACUUUAUGUCUGGCGACUUCAGCUUUGCCGACUUUAGCAACGCAUACGCCGCCCCGCCUAUGAAUGGCUUCCCAGAUGUUGCGCAGGGGUUCCAGCCCCUCCAGCCCAGCCAUGCCGCGGUUCCGAUGCCUCAUCAACAACCCCAAUUCCGCCAAAACACUGCCCGUGCAGGCGACGAGCGGAAGCCGGAAGCCAUGUCUUCUGCGCCGGCUCCUCCGCCCACCCCCAUCGGCCAGCCGGGGAAUUUCGAGGAAGCGUCCCGUGUGGCUGCCGAGGAGGACAAGCGACGCCGCAACACUGCCGCCAGCGCCCGGUUCCGCAUCAAGAAGAAGCAGCGAGAGCAGGCCCUGGAGAAGUCGGCCAAGGAGAUGACCGAAAAGGUCACCUCGCUGGAAAACAGGGUUGCCCAGCUGGAGACCGAGAACAAGUGGCUCAAGAAUCUCCUCGUGGAGAAGAACGAGGGCAGCGACGACAUUACGGCUCUGUGGAAGGAGUUUACGAGGCAUGCCGGCGAGAGGACCAAGACCGCGGCCGAGUCGUGCGCAAGAGACGGACCCGUCAAGGAAGAGAGGUGA